AUGAAUAGACUACUUCUCUAUCUGUUGCGUUCCACGCUUCUUUUCGGAUUGGGUGUCGGAUUAUAUUAUGUGUUCGGUUUACUGCAAGGCUGUCGAAGUGGAAUAUUUACUGACAAGUUUUCGCUUCACGUACUGAAAACUAAUUCAGGAAUACCCCUUUGCUGCGGCUUCCUAGCGGUGUUCGGGGGGCUCCUGUCACCACAUAUAUGCACUCAACUACAACUGAUGCACCCUGACGAGACUGAAUGGUGCUCCGUCAUACGAUGCCUGGUGUUCUUUGUCGGAAUCAACCAUGCGACAACGAAGAUCGAUUUCAUAUCAAAUUCGCAACUUCUUUUUACCAUUGCUUCUCUGGCCUUGGGAGUCUGGUGGUUGUUUGACCGUUCACUUGGUGGAAUUCUCAUUGGGUCUGGCACUUCUCUUUUGGGUACAGCUAGCUGUCAGUUGCUUGCGGACCGUAGAGUGAUAUAUUCGACCGACCCGCUUUUGUUCUCCUGGCUGCCAUGUGUAUUCUUCUCCGGUGGCAUAACUAUCUCGCUGGUUGGACGGCAGCUGGCAAAACUGGAUCUGACACCUGAGAAGUUGAAGUCGGAGUGA